GACAGGUUCAAAGCUUUGGAUAUAGACUAAGCGAAGAGGAGACUUGUUCAAAGUUCUCUGGCUCGGCACCUUUUUUAAUCCAAGUAAACCAUCAAACGCGAUAAAGCCUGGGCCAUCUCGUUACGACCGUCCCCUCUACUUCAGCUUUCCACAGCCGCCAUGAAACUUUCUAAGUUGUCCCGAAAGGUACUCGAUCACCGGGCCGCCCGCCACGCCAAACCAUUCGCCCUCACCGUGAUAACGCUAGCCGGUGUUUUCUUCAUCGUCUCCUCGGACACCGCCAUUUCCGAUGUCUCCCUGCGUUCGCUUCCCUUCAACAACUCGGCCUCCGACCAGCAAGAGGCCCGGAGGCCUGAAUUCGUGAUCCUCCCAUCGGCGGUCCACUCCUUGCAGCUCCAGUCCAUCACCGAAGAGUUCGGCGAAGCCGGCGAGGAGGAUGAUCCUGAUGAUCACUCGUCGUACCCUCUUGUCCCUCCGGUCAAUGUCACGGAGGAGGAGAGGAUCCGGUGGCUGCGCGAAAACCUGGUGAAUUUCGACAUACUCAAGUCCGACAACACGGCGAGGAAGUUCCAUUCCCGGGUCACAAGGUUCCUCGGCCAGGGAUGCUCAUCGCAGUUCUUCAUGACGUGGAUUUCGCCGGCAAGCUCCUUCGGGAGCAGGGAGCUCCUCGGCGUCGAGAGCCUCUUCCGAGCCCAUCCGAAGGGAUGCCUAGUGAUCGUGUCGAGGACGAUGGACUCAAGAAGAGGGCGCAAGAUCCUGAAACCUGUGACUGACCUCGGGUUCAAGGUCCUGGCCGCGACUCCGGACCUAGCCCAGCUGCUCAGGAGGACCCCGGCCGAAGCCUGGUUUGACGAGCUGAGGAAAGGCAACAAAGACCCGGGCGAAAUCCCGUUAGCCCAGAACCUCUCCAACCUCAUAAGGCUCGCCGUCCUGUACAGAUACGGCGGCGUCUACUUGGACACGGACUUCAUAAUCCUGAAAGAUAUAAGUCCACUGAGGAAUUGCAUCGGAGCGCAGAGCAUCGCCCCCGUCUCGGGGAACUGGACGAGGCUGAACAAUGCGGCGAUGGUGUUCGACCGACACCAUCCGCUCUUGCGCAAGUUCAUGCAGGAGUUCGCUUUGACGUUCGACGGGAGCAAGUGGGGUCACAACGGGCCUUACUUGGUGUCCCGGGUCGUGGAGCGAGUCGAAUCGAGAGUCGGAUACAGGGGCAGGUUCAGCGUGAUGCCCCCGAUGGCGUUCUAUCCGGUCGGGUGGACCCAUAUCGGCAGCCUAUUCGGGAGCCCCAGGAGCAAAGGCGACGCGAGGUGGGUCGAGGCCAAGAUCGCGCAGCUGAGCGAGGACACCUAUGGGGUUCAUCUGUGGAACAAGCAGAGCAGGGGAUUGAGGAUUGAAGAGGGAAGCGUGAUGGCGAGGUUGAUGGCAGACAACUGCGUGAAUUGCGAACGCAUUUAUAGUUCUUGAUCUAUCAUCAUCAGGGUCUAAAGCAUAGCAAAUUCAGUCGAAUUGAUUGAUUCCUCAUCGAUCCUCAUAGACGCCAAACUAAAGGAUCAUGAUCCUGAGCCUUCUCAGCCGCCAUCGGAACCUGAAACCUCUCCACCGCCACGUCCUGAAACCGGGCAACCUCCUGAACGACCUCUUCCUCUUCAACUUCCUCUCGCUGCUCACCGCUCUCGUCCUCGUCGCGUUCGUCUUCUUCCCUUCUUCCACGAAACUGGUGCCGCGUGACGCGAACGCGCUUAGCCCGCAACUCCCGGCCUCGUUCCUCCUCGCACUUUCGUAAUGCCUGCUGGCUUUAAAGGAAUCCCAGGGAUCGGGAAACCGGUCGGCGUCAGAGUCGCUGCUACCCCACAGCGGGACGGUCUUCACGACCGGCGUGGCGCUGUACUCGUCCAGAUAGUCGGCCAAGCUCGUGUGCUCCAUCUCGAACAGCCUCUGCAGCGACGUGCUUCCCGACUUCAUGAGCUCCAUCAGGCUGCUGCUCCUGCGAGAGGAAGAGAGCGACGAAUGCGAUGCGGCGGCAGCGGCGGUGGCGGCAGCGGCUGAAGAGGAACUAGACAGAGAAGAUGAUGAAGACCAGCACAGGGACUUCUGGUACUCGAUGAUCUGCCUGAUCCUUCUCGUCUGAGUCUCGGCAUCGACAGGCAAGCUCGGAGUUUCUUGUUCCUGCUCUUCUGCUCCGUCAUCGCCGUCGUCCUUCUCUUCUGUUAUUUCUGGAGAUCACCAUAGUUUUUGUGUCGUGAUGGAAUGAGGGGAACUGUUCUGUUCGGUGACGAAGGGAAUUCGCAGCGAGUUCGAGACGUCUGAAAUCUCUUUAAAGAAAUUUAUUUUUGCCGGCGAGAGGAUGUGAUCUGUUUUGUACUUCUCUUCGUUCUCUAGCAACUUCAGCGUCAUGCUUCAGACAAGGCAAGACCGUACUCAAGGGCAUGAUGACGAAUCGUAUCCUUCCAAAAAAGGCAUUUAUAUUAGAUUGGGAGCCGCCAUGUACUGAUGGGAUGGAUCUCAAGAAUGUAAAAAUGGUCCAGCUAGACCAGUACUAGAUCAGCAUGGCGGGACUCCGAGGAUUCCGCCCUCUUUCUAUUCACCGCAGAGCUUAAUUCCACUGUCGUUCACUGUACUCUUUGUAUUCGAUUGUCGCCAGUUCUAAGCCGUUGAUUUCGGUAUUAAGUAUUGAAGAAAGAAUUGAUUUUAUUUUUUA